UUCAUAGUGUAUGGUACUAGAGAUACUGCUGUGCUGGGUCAUCCUCAGUUAAGCACCGGGUUUCAAGCAUUCUUUCUUGAAUGUGAAUGAAUUAUGCAAACACUCCGCUACACGCACAUAAAGAUGACAUCACGUGAUACCACCUCGCUAGCCAAUCACCGUGCGUUAAAUGUCACCUGCGGCUGACACCAGCGGGUGUGUUCUUUGCAACCCAUAUUCAUUCUAGAGAUUCAACGCGGCUUAGAUUGUUGGGGCUCUUGAUGAUCUUCAAGACUUCUGUUCGAUCACCAGUGAACUUCUGAACGUGAAAAGAACAAGAGAGAGGUUGGCUAGAUAACAUGGAUGCCACAAGAGUUGUGAGGCGGUCGCGUGUACUUGGUAGGAUCAGGGAUAAACUCUCAUAUCCCUGGUACUUGGUAUAGGAUAUCCAAAUGUGAGCAGGACAAGGAGAGCAGAGGAAGACGGCCAGCUGUGAGGAAAAGCAUGGUGGGCAACACAUCCUGCAGCACAAGAACACUAUCUACCCUACAUCCAGACAGUCAGUCGAUGAGGGUCCUCUUGUGCACAUCGGCAGAAGAGAUGGCUCGAAGAUUCCCAUUUUCAGACCUAGGUCAAAAGGUCGACGGCUGGCUCUCGUCGGGAAAGGACUUACGACCUCAGUGACCUCCAAUCAGGGACUGCGAUCUGAAGGUCGAGGUCCUCAACGAUGAACUUCCCGUGAAGGUACCUACCAAUACGCCCAUAGAUGGAGCACCGUCAGCAUGUCAAAUCUCCGAGGACGACAUGAUAUUCCUGAUGCGAAAGGUCAACUUCAACGAUUUCUUUGACGUAUCCAUGGAAACUGAUUCAUCAUUGAUCUCCCGUGAUGGAUACCAGGCCGGUGAUAUUCUGUUUUAUCUAACGGAAAGAGAAAGUGUUGUUGCUACGAGGAGUGCAUCGAUCUCACCUACUGUGGAUCCAUUACAUGGUGAAAUACUGGUCGACUGGCUUAUAGAUGUACAAGUUCAUCUCGCCCUUCAGAACGCGAUUUUGCAUUUAGCCGUCGCCGUGAUUGAUGCUUACCUGUUGAAUCUCCUCGCACUGGCCUUCAGCUUUGAGGACUAACCUGUCUCUUUCUCGCCUCAAAGUAUGAGGUCUAUACGUUCCAAAUAGGUAUCUACAUCAAAAUUCUGUCUGCGGUCUGAUCUCAAAGACUAACAAUAUUCAAGAUGGAAGCCUCCAGUGAACAAUCCGAUCGUGACCAAGAAACCAAGAAUCUUCGUGUUGUGGAAUUUUUCAGUGGUGUUGGAGGUCUUCACUGUGCCGUGAAAGCCUGUGGAGUCCCGUGUACUGUGGUAGCUGCUGUGGAAAUCAACACGGUAGCGAAUGCUGUAUACCAACACAACUUCCCUGAAGUCGACCUCAUGCAGAGAAACUUGGAGGGAUUUACCGUAGAUGACUUUGCUUCGUUUGAUGCUGAUAUGUUUGUAAUGAGCCCUCCUUGUCAACCAUUCACAAGAGUUGGAUUGAAAGGAGACAAGAACGAUGCCAGGACAAACGCUUUCUUCAACAUAAUGAGGAACCUUGCUGAAAUGGCCAAGAAACCGACCUAUUUACUGGUGGAAAACGUGAAAGGAUUUGACACAUCGGAAACAAGAAACUUUCUUGUGGAGACUCUUCAGAAGUGCAAUUACGUCUUUCAGGAAUUCCUACUAUCACCUAUGAAUAUUGGCAUACCCAAUCAACGUGUACGCUACUUCAUGCUUGCCAAACAGCGCCCUCUACAGUUCAAAGAGGAACAUGGCACUCAACUAGUACAGCACAGAGUGAAUAUGCCUUUAAUGCCAAAUGAGAUAAAGGAAACUAGCAGACUGGUUUGUGACAACUCUAUGGUGUCCUCACAGGAGCAGACAAAUAUGGAAUUAACAGAGUCACGUGAAAGAACAGGGCAAGAUGAAUCUAGUAUGGUAUCCCUGAAUGAGCAAAGUAUUGAAAGAAAAACAGAUGAGCAGCAUUUGAAUGAGAAGGAAAGAACAGAUAAUGUGAAGAGUGGUAGCUGUGAAGAUAUGGUGUCUUCAAGUGAACAGAAUGAACAGGAAACGGGUGAGGAUGAUGAGAGAAGGAAAAUAGGCGACUACCUUCAGGCCGAUUUGAGUGAAGAGUCUAUGGCGGAGUACCUAAUACCGGACAGGAUUUUACUCAAGUAUGUUAACGUGAUGGACAUAGUGACGGUGGAGGAUACAAAGACCUGCUGCUUCACAAAGGCGUAUGCAUACUAUGUGGAAGGAACAGGAUCCGUUCUGCGCACUGAUCUCUCGGCUGAUAAUGGAUUCUCUAAGCUUCUCGUCCGUCACAUUGGCAUUAAUAUACAGACGGAAGAAGUGAGCUUCAACAGAGCUCUCUGGGCCUCCUCCAGCCGGCGCUGCUUUGCCUGCUUCCAUCACCAUCCCGUAGAUUGUUGCCUCUCCCUGACGUUUUCUAACGUAGAACUUUUCCGCAACAACUAUCUUUAUUGUAGACGCAAUAACAUGCACAACCGACUUUCUCAAAGUAUGAUAUGCGUUAUGAUACGUUAAUCAUGGACCCUACUACAGAUGGACAUUUCGAUUUUAGGACCGACUUUCUGGAGUACAGACGGAAAAAAUGUGCCCCAUCGGCAUCACCACGUGCAGCCGAUCCGGCACUCUCUGGGCCUCCUCCAGCCCCUGAUUUGGUAACUGCCUCCUUAACCAUACCUGAUAUUUUUUUUUAUUAAAUAAAAAAAAUUAUUCAGAUAAAAACAUGGACAACAUCGUACAUAAAUAUUCAUAACAAAGCACUUAAUCACAUGUUUAGAUGAGAUCAAAUCACAUUAUAUAUCUCUAUUUACUUGAUAGCAGAUUGUAAAUCAGUAAUUAUCUUACUCCACUUAGUAAUAUUCAAAUCUGUUGUCUUAGUUUUAUUUUCCUCUACUUCUAGUUUAUAUUUCAACAUAAAACACAAAAAAUACUUCAUAUGACUUUGUCACUUUGUCGUUUUCUUACUGCACUGAACUUCUCAGCCAGUUCGCUUUCUCUUCAAUGAAACAUAACUUAAAUGAUCAUAAAAUUAAAUUUUUAUCGGAGAUGUGUGGCAAAUCAUAUGAAGAAGGGGAAGUUUGAGAUGUAACAAAAGUACAAAUUAAAUUCCUUUUCAACCUGCUUCGAUGAUACCAAUCACUUCCUACACCGAAUCAACAUUACAUGCCUGUAAAUUUUAGAUAUGCAUAAAAAAUAGAGACAAAAUAUGAGUAAAGGACAUAUCUUUGAAAUGAUAAAAUAACUAAAUAAAUAAAAAAAUAAAAAAAUAAAUAAAAUGGAAGUGAACAUGAAUUAGGGGGAAAGAAUUUAGUAUGCCUCUUCGAUAAGAGAUGAAUCGAACAAGUAAUUGCGAAGUGCAUUGAGAAAUGGGGAGAGAGAUCCAUCCAGGCACGAAUCUCUGAUCUUCCUCUGUAAGGUAGUCCCAGAAUAGGAUGGUUCUGAGGUCACCGUCGUGCAACCAUAAAAUAAUGCUGUCGACAGUAUUCACGAACUUAUGUUUUCUUGGCAUCCCAAGACCAUUGUCUUCCCCAACCAUUGCGUGUCCGAGCCUAGCAACGAUGGGGGCUUUGGAUUAAAUCUUGUAGUUCCUCCUGUUGGAAGUAUGCACGAUGUUGCCAGCAUACCCGGCUUAUGUGCUUUGUUUUUCUCUUACAUCUUUGAUCAGGUGUUGCAUGAAGACACUGAUGGGUCACACAGGCCCAAAUUCCAUCCUGUUGGAGGUUGACAAGAUGUUGCCAGCAUACACGGCUUGUGUGCUUUGUUUUUCUCUUACAUCUUUGAUCAGGUGUUGCAUGAAGACACUGAUGGGUCACACAGGCCCAAAUUCCAUCCUGUUGGAGGUUGACAAGAUGUUGCCAGCAUACACGGCUUGUGUGCUUUGUUUUUCUCUUACAUCUUUGAUCAGGUGUUGCAUGAAGACACUGAUGGGUCACACAGGCCCAAAUUCCAUCCUGUUGGAGGUUGACAAGAUGUUGCCAGCAUACACGGCUUGUGUGCUUUGUUUUUCUCUUACAUCUUUGAUCAGGUGUUGCAUGAAGACACUGAUGGGUCACACAGGCCCAAAUUCCAUCCUGUUGGAGGUUGACAAGAUGUUGCCAGCAUACACGGCUUAUGUGCUUUGUUUUUCUCUUAAAAUCUUCUUUGAUCAGGUGUUGCAUGAAGACACCGGUGGGUCACACAGGCCCAAAGUCCAUUCUGGAGGUUGGCACUAACUCUUGUGUAGGCACGAUGCUGCCAACAGACCCGGCUGUUGUGCUUUGUGUUUCUCUUUCAUCAGGGUAAAGCAAUUCAAGGUUAACUUUCUGGAAUCUUGGUGUGUAUUGAUUGAGCCAAGAGGGCACUAACUCUGUGUAUGCACGAUGCUGCCAACAGCUGUGUUUGCUUCCUCUUACAUCUCCUUCGACUGCGUGUUGCUUGAAUGCACUGAUGGGCUACAUGGACCCAAAGUUGAUGCUGGAGAUUGGCAUGUACAAAAUCAGCCAUGACAACAUAACAAAAUAACAUUCAUACAUACAUACAUUCAUACAUACGUACAUAUUGAU